AGUCCCCAUUUUUAUAAGAAUGACGCCUGCAUACAGUAGAGAUGCUAAGCCUUACAGUAAAGAGUAUGAGCUUUAAAUGGUUGUUUGGCGCGUUUGACAUGGCAGUGACUUAUCUUGAUGUGACAUUUCUUCUUUGGAGGCGCUUCCGACCCGGCAGUAAUAUUAGGAGCGUACUGGCAAAUAGUAAAAUCCUGUUCCUGUCCUACUAAUUUUGAACUGAACGCGUUAACGUUCAUUGCUGGGGCUAAUGUGGUAUUUAUGAAGUUUCUAGAAACCUGAGGCUGUGGAGACAUGGUGGGCUAUGACCCUGGUGCUAAGGGUGCACCUCUCUCCCCAGAAGAGGCAGCCCUCGCUGGUUCAGCUGCUGGGAUGGUCACCAGAGCCCUCAUCAGUCCUUUUGAUGUCAUUAAAAUUAGAUUUCAGUUACAGAUAGAGCGAGUGUCUUCAAAAACACCAGAGGGGAAGUACUGGGGCUUAUUUCAGGCAACACGCUGCAUUCAUUCAGAGGAAGGACUGUCUGCUUUCUGGAAGGGCCACAUCCCGGCACAGCUCCUCUCCAUCUGCUAUGGGGCUGUCCAGUUUGCCAGUUUUGAGUUUCUGACCGAGAUGGUCCAUAAGACGACGGCGUAUGACAGCCAGACAGCAGGAGUUCACUUCAUCUGUGGUGGCUUGGCAGCCUGCUCUGCUACAGUGGUUUGCCAGCCUCUGGACACACUGCGGACACGCUUCGCAGCUCAGGGAGAACCCAAGGUGUACAGGAACCUACGACAUGCUGUGUUUACAAUGUGGCACUCAGAGGGAAGUCUGACAUUUUACCGUGGACUGUCACCAACACUCAUUGCGGUGUUCCCAUACGCUGGACUGCAAUUCUUCUUCUACAACGUCUUUAAAAAGUUGUUGACUCCACCGCCCAAAGCUGGGAACUCGGGAGGAAACCUAAGAAGCCUGGUCUGUGGGAGCGGAGCCGGAAUGAUCAGCAAAACAAUCACAUACCCCUUCGAUCUGUUCAAGAAGAGACUGCAGGUGGGGGGCUUUGAAGCAGCCAGAGCUCACUUUGGAAAGGUGCAGAGCUACAGAGGCCUGCUUGACUGCAUGGUUCAAAUAGCCAAAGAGGAGGGCUUCCGAGGCUUCUUCAAAGGCCUGUCACCUAGCCUUCUGAAAGCCGCUCUGUCAACAGGCUUCACCUUUUUUUGGUAUGAAUUUUUUGUGAAUGCCAUGCGUAAAAUUGAGGAGAGACAGAAAACAAAGGCCUUCACCAAAGACCUCAACAGAAGAUAAAAAAAAAAAAAAAAAAAAAAGGCGGGGGAAGCA